AUGUCCGCUGCCCAAGAUGCAUUGCUUCCGUGUGAGGCGUGCGCACAGCCCAAGCCGCGACUAAGUCGCGCGACCAAAGACAUUCUGUUUGGCUCGGUCGCUGGGAUGAUCAGCAAGCUGUUUGAGCACCCGUUCGACUUGGUUAAAGUGCGUCUGCAGACGCAGCCGAUGAAGCCCGCACCCCAUUAUACCGGCGCGCUAGACUGUUUCCGAAAAACGAUUCAGCGCGAAGGCGUGCGAGGUCUGUUUCGUGGUGUCUCAAUGCCGCUCUGCGGUGCGACGCUGGAGAAUGCGAGCCUUUUCUUUACCUACAAUCAGGUGCAGCCUUUACUUCGGGAUGUGUUUCGCGUGUCAAAAGACGAGCCUGCCCCUAUGAGUCUACUCGCUGUGGCUGCGGCGUGCUCUGGCGCCGUCGCUGGUUUCGUGCUCACGCCCGUGGAGCUGAUCAAGUGUAGGAUGCAGGUACAGAUGAUGACUAUGCAUACUGCACAAGCUGAUGCCCCAAAGGAUGUACGGCGCGCGCUGCCGCAACUACCGAGCGCCCUGACGCUUAUCCGGCAGACAGUGCGAGAAGCGGGUAUCCGCGGUCUGUGGCUUGGUUUUGCCGGCACUUUGGUGCGCGAGAUGGGCGGAGGCAUUGCGUGGUUUUUGACAUUUGAGAUCGCGACGCGCGAGCUGAUCCAGCUACAUCAACACCAACAUCCCAGCAAGCUGUUUGCAAAAAAAGACCUGAGCAGCAUCGACUUGGCCGGUUCUGGCGCUUUAGCAGGAAUUAUGUACAAUGUGAGCCUUUUCCCUGCGGACUGUGUCAAGUCUACCAUGCAGACGGAGAAAGAGCUGCGCAUGCACAGCAAAGUUCCGCACGCGAUCUCGCGCGGUUUUUUUGCGACAUUUGCUCAUAUCUACAAGACGCGUGGUAUUCGGGGUCUCUACGCGGGACUUGGCGUUACAUGCCUACGCAGCGCACCAAGCAGCGCCAUUGUAUUCCUAGUUUACAACAAACUCGAGCACGCAGCCGACUUAUACGGUCUAUAG